AUGUUCAUAUCGGUAUAUCUGAAGUGUAUCAUGUUGACAUCGGUAUAUCUGAAGUCUAGUUUGAGUUUGACACAAUGACUUGCUGUUGCAGCGUACCAGUGGAUGGACGCGGGCCGUGACAGAGAUAGUGCACUGUUCCACUGCAGUGCUUGUGGCCGCAAGUACAAACACAAGGCGUCACUAGGCAAGCACCAGAAGUACGAGUGCGGGAAGGAAGCACAGUUUCAGUGUCCCGUGUGUCCGUACAAGUCGUUCCAGAAAGGCCACAUGGUCCGCCACGCCAUGAUACGGCACGGGAACAUCGUUGUCGAUUGAUCUGACCAUCGUUCCGAGCGCUUCCGAGUGUACUUUUGUUACAGAAAAUGUAUAGAAAUGGGUUAUUUUAUAUAAUAAAAUCAUCGAUGGUA